AUGUCUACUGAAACUUUUGAAUUUCAAGCUGAGAUCACUCAGCUGAUGAGUUUGAUCAUCAACACUGUCUACUCUAACAAGGAAAUUUUCUUGAGAGAGUUGAUCUCUAACGCCUCCGAUGCUUUGGACAAGAUCAGAUACCAGGCCUUGUCCGACCCUAAGGAGUUGGAAACCGAACCAGAGCUUUUCAUCAGGUUGACUCCAAAACCAGAGGAGAAAGUGCUAGAAAUUAGAGACUCAGGUAUUGGUAUGACCAAAGCUGAAUUGAUCAACAACUUGGGUACGAUCGCCAAGUCCGGUACAAAGGCCUUCAUGGAGGCUCUAUCCGCUGGUGCCGAUGUGUCCAUGAUCGGUCAGUUCGGUGUUGGUUUCUACUCUCUAUUCUUGGUUGCUGACAGAGUCCAAGUUAUCUCCAAGAACAACGCCGACGAACAGUACAUUUGGGAAUCCAACGCCGGUGGUUCCUUCUCCGUCACUCUAGACACGGUGAACGAGAAGAUCGGCAGAGGUACCGUUCUAAGACUUUUCAUGAAGGAUGACCAAUUGGAAUACUUGGAGGAAAAGAGAAUUAAGGAAGUUGUCAAGAGACACUCUGAAUUUGUCGCCUACCCAAUUCAAUUGUUGGUCCAAAAGGAGGUCGAAAAGGAGGUUCCAAUUGAGGAAGACGAGGCCAAGAAGGACGAAAGUGAAGAAAAGAAGGACGAGGACGACAAGAAGCCUAAGCUAGAAGAAGUCGACGAAGAUGAGGACAAGAAGGAGGACGAAAAGCCAAAGACCAAGAAGGUCAAGGAGGAAGUCACCGAAUUGGAGGAAUUGAACAAGACCAAGCCUUUAUGGACCAGAAACCCGUCUGAUGUCACCCCAGAAGAAUACAACGCCUUCUACAAGUCUAUCUCCAACGACUGGGAAGAUCCAUUGUACGUGAAGCACUUCUCCGUCGAAGGUCAAUUGGAGUUCAAGGCUAUCUUAUUCGUUCCAAAGAGAGCCCCAUUCGAUCUAUUCGAGAGCAAGAAGAAGAAGUCUGGUAUCAAGCUGUACGUCCGUCGUGUUUUCAUCACUGACGAAGCUGAAGACCUGAUCCCAGACUGGUUGUCCUUCGUCAAGGGUGUCGUGGACUCCGAAGAUUUGCCAUUGAACUUGUCCAGAGAAAUGUUGCAACAGAACAAGAUCAUGAAGGUCAUCAGAAAGAACAUUGUCAAGAAGUGUAUUGAAGCCUUCAACGAAAUUGCUGAGGACUCCGAACAGUUCGACAAGUUCUACAGCGCCUUCGCCAAGAACAUUAAGUUGGGUAUCCACGAAGACACCCAAAACAGAACCGCCUUGGCUAAGUUGUUGCGUUACAACUCCACCAAAUCUUCUGACGAAUUGACCUCUUUGAGCGACUACGUCACUAGAAUGCCAGAACACCAAAAGAACAUCUACUUCAUCACUGGUGAGUCUCUAAAGGCCAUCGAGAAGUCUCCAUUCUUGGAUGCUUUGAAGGCCAAGGACUUCGAAGUUUUGUUCUUGGUUGAUCCAAUUGACGAAUACGCUUUCACUCAGUUGAAGGAAUUCGAAGGUAAGACCUUGACAGACAUCACCAAGGACUUCGAAUUGGAGGAAACCGAUGAGGAGAAGGCCCAAAGAGAAAAGGAAAUUAAGGAGUACGAACCUCUAACCAAGGCUUUGAAGGAAAUCUUGGGUGACCAAGUCGAAAAGGUCGAAUUGUCCUACAAGUUGGUCAACGCCCCUGCCGCUAUCAGAACCGGUCAAUUUGGUUGGUCCGCUAACAUGGAGAGAAUCAUGAAGGCUCAAGCCUUGAGAGAUUCUUCUAUGUCCUCUUACAUGUCUUCCAAGAAGACCUUCGAAAUUUCUCCAAAGUCUACCAUCAUCAAGGAAUUGAAGAAGAGAUUGGACGAAGGUGGUGCUCAAGACAAGACCGUCAAGGACUUGACCAACUUGCUGUACGAAACUGCUCUAUUGACUUCCGGUUUCACUCUAGAAGACCCAAGCUCCUUUGCUACGAGAAUCAACAGACUGAUCUCUCUAGGUUUGAACAUUGACGAAGACGAAGAAGAAGCCGACGAAGAGAAGCCAGAAGCUGCUACCGAAAAGCCAGCUGAAGACGCCGUCGCCGACACCGAGAUGGAGGAGGUCGACUAA